UUAAUAUCUUUGUUUUGUGUUAAUUUUAUAUUAAUUUUACGCAUUGUAUUAUAAUUCUGUUAUGUUUAUGAUUUUUAAAAUUUGUGUGCUCUCUUAUAUCAUAUCCAUGUCACAUGUCAUAUCCCUGCUUCCUAGCUAUUGACUAGAUACUUGAUGUUGCAUUUUAUUUGAAUUUGAACUCUUUCCUCAAAACAAAUGUAUCUUUUUCACUGCAGGAAUUGAUGUAAAAUCUAAUAGCUCAUUUACAUAAACGCUCCAUUGUUUGUGUGUUCAGUAUCUCUCAUCUACUAGGACCAUUAUCUGGACUAUUUUAGAUUGUCAAAGGAAAUUUUUGGACUUGUGUGAUAAGUAUCUCUCAUUGUUUCAUUUUCUGGCUUUAAAUGCAAUAGCAUUAUAGCAUAUACGGACUUGAUGCAAAUGCAAAAACAUGGUGUAUGAGCGAAAUUGAGUAGAUGCUUAUCAUGCCGUGCACUUUCCAUGGUUUGUGCUUAGUCUGUUAUCGGCAAUUUAUGACUGUGUUUCUCGCCUUCUUUAGUUUUUAUAUUCAGAUGUGCCGGGAGUGGAGCUAAGUUCUGUUUGUAACCAGGCCUUAAUUGCCAAAUUUGAGAAACCUUGUCUGGCUUUUAGUCUCACUCAAGUGAAAGAGAUAGGGAGGAAGAGGUUGAAAAGAACUUAGAAGCAGUCAUAAUUCCUUUAUGGAGAGUUCUGAAGAGGAAAAUGAUGGAGUCUCCAGAAAUCAUGUCCCCAAGGAACUGAUUCGUUUAGCAUCUAAUGGUGCAAAAUUUGUUGACGAAGUACUCAGUGGUCAAAAUGAAUGUUGUCUGGAGAGUUUUCGCAUGGAUAAGCAUGUAUUUCAUAAGUUAUGUAAUAUCCUGCGAGCCAAGGGUUUAUUGCGUCACACAAAUCGAAUCAAAAUUGAGGAGCAACUAGCCAUAUUUGUGUUCAUAAUUGGACAUAAUCUACGGACAAGAGCAGUUCAAGAGUUAUUUCGUUAUUCUGGAGAAACUAUUAGUCGUCACUUUAACCAUGUUUUGAAUGCUAUAAUGUCAAUUUCACUGGAUCUAUUUCAGCCUCCUGGCUCUGGUGUUCCUUCAGAAAUCUCUGAAGAUCCUAGAUUUUAUCCAUAUUUUAAAGAUUGUGUGGGAGUAAUUGAUGGUAUACAUGUACCAGUGACGGUAGGUGUGGAUGAGCAAGGACCUUUCCGCAACAAGAAUGGUUUACUUUCACAGAAUAUUCUGGCAGCUUGCUCAUUUGACCUCAAGUUCCAUUAUGUUUUGGCUGGAUGGGAAGGAUCUGCUACAGACUUGCAAGUUUUUAAUUCAGCAAUUACAAGACGGAACAAAUUGCAGGUCCCUGAAGGUAAAUACUACAUCGUAGACAGUAAGUAUCCAAAUGUGCCAGGUUUUGUUGCUCCAUAUUCCAUUGCUCCCUACUACAAGGAAUUUCCCAGCGAUUUCCACCCACAAGAUGCUAGAGAGCUAUUCAAUCAACGGCACUCAUUAUUACGAAACGUCAUAGAUCGAACUUUUGGGGCUUUAAAGGCACGAUUUCCUAUAUUGAUGUCUGCUCCUUCUUACCCAUUACAAACACAAGUGAAGUUGGUGGUGGCUGCAUGUGCAUUACACAAUUUCAUUCGCAAGGAGAAUCCAGAUGAUUGGCUUUUCAAGAUGUAUGAGCAUGGUUCAUUUCCAAUGGAGGAAUCAGAACCCCCAUUAGAGAUGGCAGUAGCACCAAAGAUGGAUGUUGAGACCCAGACUCAGCCGUCCGAUCAUACUUUUGAUUCUAAAGAAGUUGUAGUUGCUUCACAGUUAAGGAACUCUAUUGCUGCUGAAAUGUGGAAUGAUUUUAUUCAAGAUUUCCCCCCCUUGUAAAUUUCUUUAAUCCAGCUUAUACGAUCAGAUUAGGUUUGCAUUUUC